AUGUUGCAAGACAAUGUAGCUAGGCACAGGGAUGCCAAAGGCAAAGGGGAUGUCAAAGGCACAAAGCUUGCAUGUCGCAAGGCGAUGUGCCUAGGCACGAGGGUGCCGAAGGCGACACAAACCUUGCAUGUUUGUAAGGCGAUGUGCUUGGGCACGGGGGGUGCCGAAGGUGACACAAGGUGUGGCUAG